GAAAGAUGCUGCUGCAGCCUCUCUGGACGUUCCUCCUGGGACACUCGUCCCUCCUGCUCUCACCGGUGUUCCCCGUCCUCUUCUCACUCUCCGUCUACCUGUUCUGCUGCGUCCCCUUCCUGCUGCUGGACCUGCUGUCCUCCAGGUGGGCUCUGGUGCGCAGGUACAAGCUGCAGCCUCAGAGCUCUGUGAGCUGGGCCUCCAUGCGGAGCUGCCUGGCUCUGACGCUCUACAACCACGUGGUCUUCAUCCUCCCGCUGACCCUGAUCCACUGGUACCUGAGGCCGGUCAAUCUGCCUCAGGAGGCCCCGCCCCUCCCCCGCCUGGUGGCCCAGGUGCUGGUUUGCCUGCUGCUCUUCGACUUCCAGAGCUUCAUCUGGCACCUGCUGCACCACAGAGUCCCCUGGCUCUACCGCAACUUCCACAAGGUGCACCACACCUUCUCCUCCACCUCGGCCCUCACCACGGAGCACUCUGGAGCCUGGGAGACUCUCAGUCUGGGCUUCUUCGCCGCCGUGAACCCCUUCCUGCUGGGCUGCCACCCACUGACGGAGCUGGCCUUCUUCGUGCUGAACAUCUGGCUCUCGGUGGAGGAUCACUGUGGCUACGACCUUCCCUGCUCCACCCACCGCCUGGUGCCUCUGGGGCUGUACGGGGGGGCCCGCCACCACGACCUCCACCAUCUCAAGAACAGGUGCAACUACGCCCCUUACUUCACCCACUGGGACCGGCUGGCCGGGACGCUGUACACACAAGACUGAAUGACUGAUGGAGAAGUUCCUGAACUGAUGGAGAGUUCCUGAAAUGAUGGAGAGUUCCUGAACUGAUGGAGAACUUUCUGAACUGAUAGAGAACUUUCUGAACUGAUGAAGAGUUACUGAAAUGAUGGAGAGUUCCUUAACUGAUGGAGAACUUUCUGAACUGAUGGAGAACUUUCUGAACUGAUGAAGAGUUACUGAAAUGAUGGAGAGUUCCUUAACUGAUGGAGAACUUUCUGAACUGAUGGAGAACUUUCUGAACUGAUAGAGAAGUUCCUGAACUGAUGGAGAACUUUCUGAACUGAUGGAGAGUUCCUGAACUCAUUAAAGUCUCUAAAGUGAUCAUUAUUCUGAAUAAUUAUGUUAUUUUUAAGCUGUUCAGAAACCUUCACCUCAGAUUGUCUUUUACGUUAAAAGACUGUCGACUCUUAAUAUUCAUUUUAUCUCUGUAUUUAUUACUCUUCAGUUAUUCAUGUAUUUAUUUAUUAACUUUAUCAAAGACUGAUCAAUGAUGUAUUAAUAUGUUCAUGACUGUAAUCUGAGCAAGUUGGAGGAGAUACAACGUUUCUCUUCAAACAAUGAAGAGAAACGUUGUUUUUGUGAUGAAUGAGAAAAAAAUGCACUAAAAUCCAGAAAAUAACAUUUAAAUGAAUUUAGACUGAAGAUAUUGUGAUAUUAAUUAUUAUUUUAACGUUGAUUUAUGUUAACGUGAAUCUGUGCUGCACUGAGACGACGUAUUAAAGGUUAAACAUUUUCUUUAAUUCAUCAGAAAAACGUUCAUAUUGAACAAAUCCACAAAAUGUUGAAGAUUAUUCCGUUAACAUCCAUUAAAGGCAGCUAGUUUAAGAAUAAGCUACAGUCGGACUCUGGAGGUGAUUUAUUGAAGAUGGAUGAGAGAAAGUGGCUGAAGUAUUUGAAAGUGUUAAAGUGUUUGAAUAUUAAAUGUCAACAGAAUGUUUUUGGAGGUGAAUGUGACUGAAAAGUGUAUUUUUGUGAACUGGAAGUUUUAUCUGAGA